GCCUCUCUCGCUCUCUCAACCUCUCUCUUUCUCUCUCUUUUCCCGGAGGCGAAAGUCCUGCGCGCCGUGCGCCUUUCUCUCUCCUCCCGGCGCUCGUGGCUUUCCGAAGCGCUCCCUCCUCCUUUCGGGGUGUCGUGGGGAUCCCCGAAGUGCCAGGGCUUUUGGGGAGCAAUGCUCCAAAGAUGGCGGUAGCAGCGGCGUCCGGAGGUGGCCUUUGGGGACCCAACCGGAGCGGCGCGCUGGAAGUUUUGGUGCGCGACCGCUGGCACCGGGUCUUGGUGAGCCUGGGCGAGGAGGCGCUGGUCCUGAGCGCCGAGGAGGGGGGCGGCGGCGGCGGCGGAGAAGGCGGCCUCUACAACGGGCUCGGGGCGCCGGGCAGCCCUAGCCAUGGCCCCAGAGGGGCGGACUCGGCUUCCGUCCGGACGGCGUUCACCGACCUGCCCGAGCAAGUGCCCGAAGCCUUAGCCAACGCCAAGCGGCGCGUCAAGGUGCUCAAGCAGGAGGCGGGCGGCUUGGGCAUCAGCAUCAAGGGCGGCAAGGAGAACAAGAUGCCCAUCCUGGUCAGCAAGAUCUUCAAGGGACUGGCCGCCGACCAGACCCAGGCGCUCUACGUGGGCGACGCCAUCCUCGCCGUCAACGGCGCAGACCUCCGCGACGCCACCCACGACGAGGCCGUGCAGGCGCUCAAGCGGGCCGGGAGGGAGGUCCUCCUCGAAGUGAAAUACAUGAGAGAAGCCACCCCUUACGUGAAGAAAGGCUCGCCUGUUUCUGAAAUUGGAUGGGAAACACCGCCACCGGAGUCACCGCGCUUAGGAAAUGCAUCCACCGAUCCUCUGUCCCAGCUCUCUCUUUCUAUAAACCGAGACAAGAAGACAAUCCCACUCAAAAUGUGCUAUGUUACGCGAAACAUGGCUGUUUCAGAUCCCGAAAACCGGCUUGUGGAGGUUCAUUCUCCUGAUGCCAAACACACUCUGGUUUUACGGAGCAAGGAUUCAGCCACCGCCCAGGCCUGGUUUCAGGCAAUCCACUCUUGUGUCAGUGAGCUCAUUCCCAAGGUCAUCUCCGAAGUCAGAGAUCAGCUGAGGAAGAAUGGAAUUGCUGGAGGCCGAGAGAUUAGGCAUCUAGGGUGGCUGGCCAAAAAGGUGGUUGGGGAAAAUGAUAAGCAUUGGAAGGCAGUGCUUGUAGUUCUGACUGAGAAGGACCUCUUGAUGUACGAGAGCAUGCCACGGAUCAAGGAAGCCUGGUUUAGUCCUGUUCAUUCCUACCCCUUGCUAGCCACCAGGUUGGUGCAUUCAGGGCCGGGGAAGGGCUCUCCCCAGUCUGGGGUGGAUUUAUCCUUUGCUACUCGCACAGGCACACGGCAAGGAAUUGAAAGUCAUCUCUUUAAGACGGAGACUAAUAGAGACCUCUCCCUGUGGACGAGGAGCAUAGUGCAGGGUUGCCACAAUGCAGCAGAGCUCUCCAUGGAAAUCGUAACUGCUUGCACCUAUAAAAACCAGGAGUGCCGUUUGACCAUCCAUUAUGACCAUGGAUUUUCUCUCACAACUGAACCUCAAGAUGGUGCCUUUCCCAAAACUAUUCUACAGUUUCCUUAUGAGAAGCUAAAAAUGUCCUCGGAUGAUGGGAUUCGAAUGCUUUACCUCGACUUUGGAGGAAAGGAAGGUGAAAUUCAACUGGAUCUUCACUCUUGUCCAAAGCCAAUCGUGUUCAUCAUUCAUUCAUUCCUUUCAGCCAAGAUUACAAGACUUGGGUUGGUAGCAUAAAUGCCAUCUUGUCAGUUGUUCAAGCAAGAGGGAAGAUGGAGCUGUCUCUUCAGCCUAGAAUGCAAGUAACUUUUGGGCAACACCUGGAGCAGUGAUGGAUUAAGAACUAUUCUGCACUGGGCUGAGGCAAUGCCCAUGUUUGAUCAGCUAUAAUAAAACAGACAAGCAGAGAAGAAUGAGAGUUGUCAAGACGAUGGAAAGCAAGAACAUAAGGUUCACCUAAGCCAUUGGAAGGAAGACACUGAUUGCUGUAAAUAAAGGCAAAAAUUGAAUACUGAA